AUGCCGCCGCCGGACCAAAGGAAGACGUACGCGCCGGCGUCGAGCCUGGAGGUGUUCCACACCGGCGGCCCGAUCGCGCUGUCGCGCGAUGGGAAGCUCGUCGCCGCCGCGUGCCAGGAAGCGAUUAACGUCGUCGAGGUCUCGACGGGGAAGACGCUGCACAACCUCCCCGGGGACACGGAGCCGAUCACCGCGCUCGCGUGGAGCAGGGACGGAAAGAAGAUCUUCUCCGCGUCGCGCUCGAUGCGAUGCUCGGUGUGGGACGCGACGACGGGCGAGAGCGUUCGGACGUUCAAGGCGCACAACACGCCGAUCCUUCACAUGACCGUCGAUCCCUCCGGAACGCUCCUCGCGACGUGCUCCGCGGAUCGCACCGCGCGCGUGUGGGACGUCGCGAAAGGCUUCUGCACGCACGCGUUCAGAGGGCACGCGGCGAUGGUGACGACCGCGCUGUUCCACCCGGACGCGAAGCGUCUCGUCCUCUACACUGGCGCGCACGACGGCGAAGUCCGCGCGUGGGAUCUUCGGACGCGCGAGUGCGUCGGAAGCAUGCGCGAGCACACGUCCUCCGUCACCUCCCUCGCCGUCCCGACCGCGUCGAAGAACGGCUCGGAGAAGCUCCUCUCCGCGGCGAGAGACCGCGUCGUGCACGAGUGGUGCUCGAAGACGUACAAACGCCUGUCGACGACGCCUACGCACGAGGCGUGCGAGGGCAUGGCGGCGCUGGACCCGCGGAGGGCGAGAGGGAUGAUCGGCGCCGCCGCCGCCGACGCGAAACCCGACGCCGCGUACUUCGUCACCGCGGGCGAUAAAGGCAUCGUGAGGAUAUGGCGCGUCGGCAGCGCGAAGCCGAUCGCGCGCGGAAACAGUUUGAAGGAAGAGAGCGGGCUGAUGACGGGCGGCGCGCACGACGGCGACGCGGAAGGCGACGAAGCCGCCGCGGGGGAGCUGAUAGGGAACACGGACGAGAUCAUCGCUGCGGCGUUCCUUCCGGGGAGCGGCGAUGAGGAUGAGGAGGAGGAGGAGGAGGAGGCGGAUGUCGGCCAAGACGGCGACGAGAAGAGACGAAAACGCGCCGCGAAGACGAAGAAGAGACCGAGAGCGCUCGCGGUGGCGACGAACAGCGCUCUCCUUCGCGUGUUCGACCCGUCAACGAUGGCGUGUACGGCCGCGCUUCCCGGGCACGCGGGCGCGAUUCUGUCCCUCGACGCGAGCGUCGGCCCGAACGGCGAAUGCCUCGUGAUCACCGGCUCGAGAGAUCACACCGUCAGACUUUGGGACGUGACGACGGCGGCGGCGGCGGUGGCGUCCGGCGACGCGACGGGGCACGGCGCGGCGUCGACGUCCGGCGCGCGAUGCAUCGCGAUCGGAGAAGGCCACGUCGGCGCGGUCGCCGCCGUCGCGUUCGGGCACAAGAACGGCACGCCGAUCGCGAUGAGCGGCGGCGCGGAUAAAGUCGCGCGCGUGUGGGACGUCCGCGGCGCGUUGCACUCGCAUCGCGCCGCCGCCGCCGCCGCCGCCGGCGAUGACGACGACGACGACGAUCUCGAGGAGUCGCCCCUCCGACCCGUUCCGUUCCUCGCGAAGUCCGCGGCGAUCGCGCACGACAAGGCGGUGAACUGCUGCGCGAUCGCGCCCAACUUGACCCUCGGCGCGACGUGUUCGGGCGACAGGACCGCGCGGCUGUGGCGCCUGCCGGACCUGAUCCCGUGCGGCGUCCUGCGAGGGCACAAACGCGGCGUGUGGGCGGUGGCGUUCUCGCCCGCGGACCGCGUCGUCGCGACCGCGGGAGGGGACAAGACGAUCAAGAUAUGGUCGUGCGACCCGAACACGUACAAGAGCGGCAGCGGCGCGUGUUUGCGCACGCUCGAAGGGCACACCGCGGCGGCGUUGGCGUUGAAGUUCGUCUCCGGCGGGACGCAAAUCGUCUCCACCGGCGGCGACGGGUUGCUCCUCCUCUGGGGCGUGCGAACCGGCGCGGCGAUCGCGACGUUGGACGCGCACGAGGAUAAAGCGUGGGCGCUCGCGGUCGACGACGACGGCGACGUCCUCGCGACCGGCGGCGCGGACGCGAAGCUGACGCUGUGGAACGACGCCACCGCGGAGGCGGCGGCGGAGGAGGCGGCGGCGAACGCGUCGAGGGCGGGCGCGACGCAGGAGCUGUCCAACGCGGCGGCGUCCGGGCAGCACGACAAGGCUGCGCGCUUAGCGCUCAAGCUGAACCACCCGCACGCGCUUCUCGUCGCGGUGAAGGCGAUGAUCGCGAACGGUGCGAUCGGGUGCGCGCAGUUGGAAUCGCUCGCGGCGACGGUGAAGGGCGUCGCGUUGCUUCGGUUCGUGUGCGCGAUCAAGGCGUGGAAUUCCAACGCGCGGUUUUGCGACCCCGCGCAGCGGUGCCUCGCGGCGCUGCUGCGGCAUCGCUCGCUGCGCGAGCUGUCGGGCGUGAAGGGCGUCAAGGACCACGUCGCGUCGCUGAAGGCGUACACGACGCGACACUUCGCGCGCGCGGGGAGGCUCGUUCGAGGGACGUACCUUUUGGACGUCGCGCUCGCGGGCAUGGGCGUGUUG